UGGGCACAGGUGGUGACACUGCUGGGUGGCACAGGUGGGCGCACUGCUGGGCACAGUGGGUGCACUGCUUGGUACAGGUGGGUGCAUUGCUGGGCACAGGUGGGCGCACUGCUGGGCACAGGUGGGCGGAACUUGUGUGUGGCACUGCUGGGCACCGAUCAUCAGGGCACUGAUGAGCUGAUCACGUGAUGUGGUAAAAGGCCAAUCACAGCGGCCUUUUACCACCUGAUCAGCGGUGUCCAAUGACACGCUGAUCAGAGGGAAAUGCAAGUGCCGGUUCUCGGCUGCACUUUCCUCACACUGUCAGAUCGUGAGGAAAGUACUGCCAAGAACCGGCAGUUG